AUGAGCUUCACGACUCUGGAAAGUACAGAGGAGCUGAAGGCUCAGAUGCAAAACGCCACCCGAAAAAAAAACAUCGUCAUGAUCUGCAGCACCCACGAUGAGGGAUCGAGGGUGGCCAAGGCAUAUCCGGCCGACUUGUCGACGGAAUCGAAGCUGGUCAUCGCCGCCUGCGACAAGUACGGCAAGCUGUGGCGGGACGUGGACCCGCGCAAGUACGACUACAAGGUUGACGGGGUCGGGGUGCCCGCGGGCGUCAUCCCGUUCCUCGAGUCGAUGGACCGCAUCUCGGGCAGCUCCGUGGCGACCGCCCUGGUGGCCGGCCUGACCUCGCUAAUCCUGUCGUGCCACCGGCUGGCCCACCCGGAGAGCCCGCGGCCAGCGCAGGCCCGUCAGUUCGCGUCUGCCGACCAAAAGAGCCAGGAGCCAAUCGGCAUCGUCACGAAGCACCUGGAUGACAUGUCUCCAACCAAAUCGGAGCAGCCCGGGUUCCUCUUCCUCGAAAGGUUUGCCGGGAUCGACGACAUGAUCAAGGUGGGCGAUGACGUCGACGCAGAGACGGUCCUGAGGAAAGCGUUUGGGAUGAUGUCUUUAUUAAACCUCACGUCGGAGUGGACGGGGACGUUGGGAUCCCCAGAUACCGAUGAAGACCUCGCUUCUCUCAGAGUAACAUCUCGUAACGGCCCUACGCCCUGGGGUGUGGCAGUUGCGAAAACCAUCCGGUUAAUAUGGUUUUCUUCGAAGUUUUUUUCCGCACCCCAUACGGGGGAUCGAACCCGUGCUCCCAAAUCUGUUAAAUUAGGGCUCAACGGCUACGGUUAA